CAAAGCGCGCACUGAGUGCAAACCCCAGAGUCAAUCCCUGUCACGGCUCCGCCCCCCGCGUUCGAAUCCCGCCCAGCCGGGCCCUCAAGCCCAGUCGGGACUCGAGCCUAGGGAGGCAAGGUUCCCGCACCGGAUAGAAAAUGUCAUUGAAAUUCACAAAUGCAAAACGGAUUGAAGGACUUGAUAGUAAUAUGUGGAUUGAAUUUACCAAAUUGGCUGCAGACCCUUCUGUUGUGAAUCUUGGCCAAGGCUUUCCAGAUAUAUCGCCUCCUAUAUAUGUAAAAGAAGAAUUAUCAAAGAUUGCAGCAAUCGAUAGCCUGAAUCAGUAUACACGAGGCUUUGGCCAUCCGUCACUUGUGAAAGCUCUGUCCUAUCUGUAUGAAAAGCUUUAUCAAAAGCAAAUUGAUUCAAAUAAAGAAAUCCUUGUGACAGUAGGAGCAUAUGGAUCUCUUUUUAACACCAUUCAAGCAUUAAUUGAUGAGGGAGAUGAAGUCAUACUAAUAGUGCCUUUCUAUGACUGCUAUGAGCCCAUGGUGAGAAUGGCUGGAGCAACACCUGUUUUUAUUCCCCUGAGAUCUAAACCUGUUUAUGGAAAAAGAUGGUCUAGUUCUGACUGGACAUUAGAUCCUCAAGAACUGGAAAGUAAAUUUAAUUCCAAAACCAAAGCUAUUAUACUAAAUACUCCACAUAACCCACUCGGCAAGGUGUAUAACAAAGAGGAACUGCAAGUAAUUGCUGACCUUUGCAUCAAAUAUGACACACUGUGCAUCAGCGAUGAGGUUUAUGAAUGGCUUGUAUAUUCUGGAAAUAAGCACUUAAAAAUAGCUACUUUUCCAGGUAUGUGGGAGAGAACAAUAACAAUAGGAAGUGCUGGAAAGACUUUCAGUGUAACUGGCUGGAAGCUUGGCUGGUCCAUUGGUCCAAAUCAUUUGAUAAAACAUUUACAGACAGUUCAACAAAACACGAUUUAUACUUGUGCAACUCCUUUACAGGAAGCCUUGGCUCAAGCUUUCUGGAUUGACAUCAAGCGCAUGGAUGACCCAGAAUGUUACUUUAAUUCUUUGCCAAAAGAGUUAGAAGUAAAAAGAGAUCGGAUGGUACGUUUACUUGAAAGUGUUGGCCUAAAACCCAUAGUUCCUGAUGGAGGAUACUUCAUCAUCGCUGAUGUGUCUUUGCUAGAUCCAGACCUCUCUGAUAUGAAGAAUAAUGAGCCUUAUGACUAUAAGUUUGUGAAAUGGAUGACUAAACAUAAGAAACUAUCAGCCAUCCCCGUUUCAGCAUUCUGUAACUCAGAGACUAAAUCACAGUUUGAGAAGUUUGUGCGAUUUUGCUUCAUUAAAAAAGACAGCACACUAGAUGCUGCUGAAGAAAUCAUCAAGGCAUGGAGUGUACAGAAGUCUUGAUUUGUGCAGAAUGGAUUAAUGUUUCUGUUAGAUGACCUAGUAUGGAAUUGUUACUUAGUGCUGCCACCUGCUGGAUGUUAGGAGGUAUUUCAGUACAACUGGAAUUUAAAUAUUUCCAUUGUUUUUCCAAAGCGGUUAACCCAGCUCCUAACAAUAUUCAGGGGAUCUGACCAUUUUUUUCCAGUUGAAAUGUAUUAACACACCUUCCACAAUCAUUUUAUAAGAGUCAGCAUAACAUAGUGGAUAAGAACUGUGAGAUGUUUAACCUCUCAGUAACUCGGUUCUCUCAUUAUAAAUCUCUCAGAAUAAAAUCAGUACCUGUUUCAUAUGAAGGUCGUUUCUGAGAAUUAAAUGGACUAAUGUAUGCAAAAAGCCUGGCAAACAAUAAACACUCAUCUGACUUUA